AUGACAGUUUAUUAUUCGACAAUGUCUGUAGCUAACAUCCAAAAUACUACUUACAGAUUUGCUGAUGUAGCUGGAGAACCAUGUAUUAUGUUAGCACCAAUUGAAGGUUUUAACAAAAAACCAUUAGUAACACUUGAAGAAGCUACUGAACCAUUAUAUAACAUUGUUCCUCGUGUUGGUACCUACGUAUAUAUAGUCAAAGAACGUGCUAAAAAUCCAGCAGAAGAUCUUUCAGUUGAUGAAUCAGCUUCAAUUGCAUUAUAUACAAUGGAAUGGGAACCAUAUACAGAUUCACUCUAUUAUAUUCUUAAUACUACAUUACGUAAUGAAGAUCGAAAAAGUUUGAAACCAUGGUUUCUCUAUCUUAAGCUUAUCUUUACUGCUUUAUCUCGUCUUCCAUCAGUAAAUGUAACUGUUUAUCGUGGAGUUAAAGAUGUAAUUGAAAGUGAACAUGAAAAAUAUAAAGUAGGAAAAAGACUUGUUUGGUGGGGUUUUUCAUCAUGUUCAGCAAUUCGGGUUGUUUCCGAAAGAGAUCAUUUUCUUGGACAAAGUGGUAGAAGAACAUUAUUUAUUAUUGAUUGUAUGAAAGGAAAAGAUAUUCGAAAUCAUUCAUAUUAUAGCAAAGAACACGAAGUAUUACUUUUACCUGCUACUCAUGUUGAAGUUAUUAAUUAUGAACAACAAGAGAAUAACUUACAUGUUAUUCAUCUUGAAGAAAUCGAAUCACCACAUGCUCUAUUGGAAUCUGUAUCUUCAGAACAAGAAAUUCGAGAUUUAAAAACAAUGUCAAUGUCGAAAACUAACAUACGAGCAUCAAUGAUGUCUGCUACAGUACUUGAACGUUAUCGUAAUAGCAAACUUAAAGAAUGUAUUCAACGGUGCAAACCUGAAUCUGAAGCUUAUUUAAAUGGAAAACGUCUUAAUAAAUAUGAUGUUCAAGCUGUUGUUCAAGAAUUAAUAAUUGGCAAACAAUGUCGAGCUUUAUUUUUAAGGGAAAGUCUUAUAACAGCUGAAGCAACAUUGAUCCUUUCUGAAGCUCUACGUGAUAAUAAUACAUUAGGAGGAUUAUUUCUAGCUCAAAAUCAAAUUGGUGAUGAUGGAACAAAAUAUCUUGCUCGAGCACUUUCAGGUGAUAAUAAUUCAACUCUUAAAAAACUUUCUCUUUGUCAUAAUGAUAUUACAGAUCAAGGUAUUCAAUAUUUAGCGAAAAUGUUGGAAUCUAAUGAAACAUUAACUCAUUUAUGGUUAGCAUCAAAUAAAAUAACUGAUCAAGGUUUAGAACUAUUAUGUCAAGUGCUUAUGCAAAAGAACAAAACUUUACAAGUACUUUCACUUGAAUGGAAUAAAUUUCGUAAUGAUACAAGUGUUACCAUUCUUGUUGAUAUGCUGAAAAACAAUAAAUCAUUAACAACAUUGAAUUUAGAAAACUGUAAACUACCUAAAUCUGGUGUUGAAGAAUUAAAACUUGUAACAAAAGCAAAGAAAAAUUUCAAAUUAUUUAUAAACUAA